AGUGACUGUGUUUGUCUGGUGUACAAAUGACGUACCUCAUUUUGGUAUAGCAUGACUCAAAUUACAAUUGAUCUCGAGUUAGUCUUUUUUUUUUCUUUUUUGAAGAAUCAAAGCUGUCCAUUUAUUGUGUUUAAUUGUGUUCAAAGUAAAGAAUCUUAAAAAAAAAAGGUACUCCGUAUAGUAUGAGGAGUAUUUUAUUUAAAUCUGAUAUUUUCUGGUAGAGCUUCACCUUCUCUGAUGAAAUGGGAAAUGGAGGUGGAAGAGAAGGAAAUGGAAGCCAUGCUGGAGAAAAUAUUGGAUUUGCACGAUAAAUUCAGCGAUGCUAUUCUUUCCAUCUCCCGAGCUCACUUCCGCAGCUCCGUCAAAUCUCGCCGCGAUCCUAAUCGCCGUUUCUGCUUUCCCUCCUCCGAUCCGCCUAUGCAGACGGAUUCCGAUCAGAACCCGGCUGCGGCUCUUCGUGAAGCUAAGAGCCUUAAUGCCAUCAGAACCGCCCUGGAAGACCUUGAGAAUCAGCUCGAUUUCCUCCGUAGCACACAAGCGCAGCAGCAGGCAGAGAGAGAUGUUGCACUUGCCAGACUAGAGCAAAGCCGAAUCAUGCUCUCAAUGAGAUUGGCUGAAUACCAGGGUAAGAAGUAUGAGUUCAUAGAAGAAGCUGAAGCAUUGGUUGGAGAGAACAUUUUUGUAAAUGAAACAAAGUCCCCCCGAGGUAAUUUUGUGGAACGCGAGGGGCAGAAAUCGAAUGUGCUUUUCAAUGCUCUCUUCUCUAGUUUCAAUUUCGUCAAACAGUCCCUCCAACGAGAUCAUGUAGGCGGGAUGCUUGGAAAUGCUGCCAUGGUUGCAGUGAGUAUGUUUGCAUUGAUGCGUCUGCAACAACCAGAAGUUUUUCACAACGCAAACCUGACCAGAGUUUCUCGACCUUCUGUUCCAUCAUCUGCCCGGUUCUCGGAGUUGGAUGUUUUGUCAGCUCGAGGCUAGAUUGAAAAAAUAAUAGUGACAUUGUUUUCUUAGGUUGAGAUGCUUCAAAUUUCGUUUAUUCUGUAGGGAGAGAGAAUGCAUAUGCGACUACAAAGCCUGGAAUGUGGAAAAUUUUGAUCGGUCUUCUGCAUCAGAAUGAUGCAUUGCUCUCCGGUAAGUGGUAAUACAGUGUUAGUUUAUCUGACUGGUCUUAUUGUGAAAACCGACUUUUAUAUCGUAUAUAAUAUCCAAAUUCCAUUUGUUGGUGUUCUUAAAUUUAGUCAUCUUCGAUUGUUGUAAGUGCACUUUGGUUGUGUUAUUUUGUAAGCAUAUGCUGAGGUUAUUGCUUUCUAGACCAAUGGGCACUUUGGGUUGUGUGGGAAUCUCAGGAUUCACGUGUAUGUCAACAACUGUGUCUAGCUGCAGGAAAUCUUUGUUUGGUAAUCAACUACUACGUACUGA